ACAAAAAAAGAACAUGAUCCACACUAACCACCAGUAAAAAUGUUUUGUUUUCAUGUCUGUUUUUCACACAAUAUCAGCAUUUUACUCACACAUUUUAUUUACCUGCUGCAGUUAAUACUCUUUAAAGGGUCAGUUCACGUUUUAUGCAUUUCUUCAGUAGGAAGUUGUUCCAAUGACAACUGCUGACGGUGGAUUAUCACAGACCUCACUGUCAAGGAGUGAUGGAUGUGAACUCAACAACGUGUGACUCAGAGAUCCGUCUCUCAGAGCAUUAGCAGUGACACGGGGCAGGAUGAUGUACCUGGCUCACACAGCCCACUGGCAGUUCCUCAGCCUGCUGGCAGGAGUCCUGGCAUGGAUCCUCAUCAUGACCACGACUGGCAUGAAUGAGUGGCGUCUGUGGCACGUGGCCGACAUGUCUGUCAUCACCUCGGGCGUGGCCUGGGUGGGUAUCUGGAGGGUGUGUUUCUACAGCCACGCCCUUCCCAAAAUAGAGAACUGUCAGAGCAUCAGCAUCUCGGACCCCUUUGUUCCGGCAGAGAUCCCUGUGGCUCAGGUGCUGAUGCUGCUGGCGGUGAUCUGCGGCAUGGCGGGGAACAUCAGUGCUGCAGUAGCCAUGAGGAUCGCUUACUUCUCUGUGCAGAAUCGUAGGAACAUCCGGCUGGUCUUCGUGCUGGCAGGGACCCUGUAUGUGCUCACAGGGACGAUCUGCUUGGUGCCGCUGGCGUGGAACAUGAACUCUGUGCUGAACAACAGCACCAUAGACUUUACUCCAGAGUUCUACCUCCCCACAGCUCCCGUCAAGCAGCAAGUGGGCACGGCCAUCGGAGUGGGCAUCUUUGCCUCCAUCCUGAUCAUCAUCAGCGGGCUGUUUUUUCUCUGCUACCAGUACGUCUGGGAGACCCUGAGGUCAGAGGCCCCCAGAGGCACCAGGGACCCAUUCAGUGGAGCCCUGUCACAGAAAUUUGAGUUGCCAAACGGAGAAAGCCGGGGCAUAGAUAAUCCUGCCUUCUACAUCGAGGAAGUCUCAUGAUAGCAAAACACAACGGCAAGAACAACUUAUUGACUUAAAAUCUCACGUUUUCAUAAUUUUCAUUCAUAGAAAAGUGACUCGUUCAGAUGUCAGAGUGAGAAGUCACAUUUAAACUCAGUGCUGCAGAGUCAAAACAUCUGUUGUUGACCUUGGGACCUUUGAGUUUAUAUGGCAGAACAAUUGUCAUCAUGUUAUAUUACCAGAAACACUGUGUACAUUGAUCCAGGAUGCCACAGGAAAAAACAUUAUCCAGAACAACAAUCAAGAA